GACACUGUGCGGUGCUGUUUAAACUUCACAGGUCUCAGACAGACAUCGAGACAUGUGGCCGAGACGUUCGUAAAUGUAUAACGAGUUAGCAGUGCAAUCUAUUCGGCUAUAUUCAGGUUAUCUUCAAACUUUGGAGUCUAACCAAUACUCGGAAAUAAGUGGGACAACAAAAAAUAAACAACCACGCCAGUUUUCUAGCUAUUGAUUUAGCUUCGGGGGUCAUCUGGUCAUUAGGGACAAAGCAACACUGUGCCAAAGAUGACGGGUGAAUCGGGAAAUGACGGACAGACUCCAGAGGGAGACCCGGAGCCGGAAGAGGCGGAGCGGUGUCCUAUCUGCCUGGGUGCCCUGGGCCGCUGUGUCCUGGCCAUGCCUGACAGCUGCUGCCAUUUAUUCUGCCUCAGCUGCCUCCUCAGAUGGGCAGAGUUGCAGGCAGUUCCAUCCUGCCCAGUGGACAGGCAGCCUUUCAAUGUUGUCUACAAACGUGAUGCUGUGCUGGGAUGUGUGACGGUUCCUGUGAAGAAGAGAGUCAGCCAAUCAGAGCCAGAGAAGUGUGGCUGCACAGACCCGGAAGCCAGUGGCUGUUUGUUGAAGAAAAAAGGAGGAAGAUGGAGGAGACCGAAGACGGAGAGGACAUCAGAAGCCAAAGGCCUUAUUCGGAAAUGCAGCGAUGAUGACCCCUCUGUGUUGAGCAAGAAGAAGGUGAGAGGACCUCUGUGCUCUUGGUCUGCGGCCCAGACAGGCACAGCAAUGGCGACUAUGACACAGUGCAUUGCAGAACCCCUUUGGGUGCCCGAGGAGGAGCCUGAGGAUGACUGUAAACAGUGUAGCCGCAAAACACAGGACUGCCCAUUUCUGCCUGUUGCUGUACCCGUUCCUGCCAGUGGCAACUCGAGGCAGUUGUUCCAUCCUUCUGAGUGGAGUAGCAGCCCUUUUCCUCUGAGACCCCUCUCACCGUUCUCUACUACUGCUUCACCUCUCGGCUCGGGGCAUUUUGUCUUUCAGGGAAGAGUUUGCGCAGUCACCUGCCCCAAAGGAGAGGAGAAGGGCACACGUGGAUCUGGCUCCAAAGGCCCCUCCAAACAGACAGAGGCCCUGACGACUAGGCGCUCUGGCCGCCACAGCAGGGUUGAGGAACAAGCUCCUACACAAGACCCUGCAUCUUCGCAGUCCCACUCUUCAGAUUCCGACACUUCCACAAACCCACCCACAAAAGCGGGCAAAAGCACCGCAGCAGCUGGUAAGAAGGGCAAAUGGGCAGCUCAGCGAAAGCCCAGCGCCAGGAGGAAGGCCCAAGUGAGAAAAAAGGCCUCCAAAGUCAUCCUCAGUAGUCCAUCAGGAAGUGAGGAAGAGGAAGCCAAAGAGGAGGAGGAAUUCGAGCAGCAGAGGAAAGAGGUAGAGGAAAGGGAGCAGCUCUCAGACACUGCAGUGAGCCCACAGGCUGUGCAGCGCACCUCCAGCCCUACCGAGGAGGAAGGCCGUCCCGAACCUUCUGCGUGUGAUGCCCUGAAGGACACUGAGGACCAUCCAUGCGAAGAUGAUGAUCUUUCUGAGGAAGAAGAACAUGGGAAGGAAGAAGAAGAAGAGGAGGAUGGUGAGGAAGAGGACCGGAAGUCAUUGUCAUCAGAUGUAGAGCUGAAUACCCCUGGGCUCUCCCCCGACAGGGACCAAGGUGCAGGGGAGGAACACCCGGACCAAAUAGAAGACCCAGAGAAAAGCAACUCACCCACUUCUUCCAACUCACCAGAGAGACCAUUGGAGAGCCCCCAGUCUGGACAGUCAGGACAACUUGGGGAGGAAGAUGCUGAUGCCGUGGAAGCCACUAACGAUCCAACAGAAGUGAAAUCAGAUGAUGAAGCCUCAGUGAAGGAGGAGAAAGCAGAGGUCUCUCCCUGCCCCACUGCAGAGCCUGAAUCUUGUACUGGCUCGACUCGUUGUGAAUCUCCAGACGGUAAUGUGUCCCAGAGAGUUCAAGGCGCCUCAGAAGCAAAAGUGUCCGAGGAGGACAGGCAUGAUCCAAAGGAUGUCAUAAAUGAAAAACCAGCAGCCGGCAGCAAAGAGGACGGUCUGUCUGAGGAUGACACAGAAGCAAUACCAAUGGACUGUGAUUCACCCAGCAGUGAGAGCAGCACCAACCUGGCCUCUGAUCCACCAAAAGAGACUGAAAGUACAGCUCACGAGUCCACAAGCCAGGCCACGGAAGACAAGAGGAAUGGUAGCAGGCAGGAGCGGGAGAGCUCGGUCAGAGAGGAAAGGGUAGAGGAAAGGAAGAAUGGCAGGCAGCGCAAGUCACGCUUCCACUCUGCUGCUACCACUUGGUCUCCCAAGAGAGAGUCGAAGCCGGACUCGUUGAGGAGGUCGCGCUCCAGAUCUCAGGAGCGCAACAAGGAGCGCCAGGCCUCGGGCAGCCCCCCCUCCAGCCGCAGCAGGGAACGGGACGCUGAGAGGGACGCCCUCAGGACGGACCGUAUCCGUGACCGUAGCCGUGAGAGGAAAAACAGGAAGCGUUCUAAGAGCCGUUCCAGAUCUAGUUCCAGGUCCAGAAAUAGGUCCUACCGAAGAGGGUCAUCCCCGGAGCACCCAGACUCAGGGGUACAGUCACCACGGAAGAGAGAUCGCUGGACUGGAGAUGGAUGGAGGCCUGGGCCGGGUAGCGACCCCUCUCGAAGGAAUUUCCCAGAGAGGCCAGCCAGAGACACGGGCCGCUCUGAAAACGGCGGCUUUGCAGAUGUUUCCCCCAGCAGGGAAAAUCCUGACUGGGUUAUUGAGAAGGCGCGUGCUGACACAGAGGCCAGGGUGACAAGUGGGCCUCGCUGGGAAGAUAAAGGCUGGGGUGGAGAUCGUGGACGAGGCACAGGACGAGGCCGGGGCGCCUACGGAACCUCCAACCAACAGGGGGAGCAGGCAGAAAACCGCUGGCAGCCCAGAAACACAUUCUCAGGGACCUCAAACAAUUCAGGGAGCGACGCGUACAGCCGAUUCAACGAGAACCGUGGUGGCCGCAGGAAGGAGCCUGAGAUGGGCGAAUCGAUGAUGGACCGCUCUGGCUGGUCAUCAGCUUCUAGCUGGGCUGUGCGGAGGACACUCCCAGCAGAUGUGCAGAACUAUUACUCCAGGAGAGAUCGAGGGGGGGGUGCAGGCUCUGGCAGCUGGAGCAGGCAGGAGGAGACGUCAACAGCAGACCCAGCUCAGAGUGAGAACAAUCCCCAGCCCAAUGCGGGUGGAGAAGCUCCACCCGCCCUGAACGUCAUGCCUCCCCAAAUGAAUGUCCUGCAUUACCCAAUGGGCCCGCGAGGCCCACCUGUCAGCCUGCAACCACCCCCCUUCGGGAUGCCACCUCAGGUCUCCAUGCACCACCACUCCUCAGUGCCUCUCCUGCAGGUCCCUGUGACAGCUGCCCAGGGCCUCCCACCACCACCACCACCACCACCUCCCAUGCAGCAGGGCAGCAUGAUGGCCAUACAGGCAGAUAGCCGCACAACACAGAUGAUGAGCAGCAUGGCAGGCCAUGGCAAAGCCCCCUUCAUGCCCACCAUGACCAAAGUAGGCGGCACCAACACAGUCCAGGCCCACAGCAUGGCCAUGCCAUCCUCCACCACCCAGCACAGCAGGGCUGCCCCCCCAGACAGCUCCAAGAAAGAAAAGAUCCAUGAGAGAGCUGUCAAUGAAGUGAAAGCAGCCAUGAAACCCUACUACCAAAACAAGGACAUCACCAAGGACGAGUACAAGGAGAUUGUACGCAAAGCAGUUGAAAAAGUCUGCCACAGCAAGAGUGGAGAGGUGAACUCUGGGAAAGUGGCAAACUUGGUGAAGGCCUAUGUGGACAAAUACAAACACGCUCGCAAGAAAUGAACCCUGACAUCUGCUGAGGGGGAAACGGUCUCAGCCCAUCUGCUUAAGUGCAAUUUCUACCAGGUGUAACAGCCUCCCGGCUGACAGACUGGAGCCCGACUUUUGAUAUCUCUUAUUUUACCUUGAAGAUUUUUCUAUAGAUUUCAUAUUUUGUUUAGAAAUAAUCCAAUCGGAAACUGUAGUGUGAGAAGACCGUUAUUUCAAGUAGAUCUUGUGGAUUGGGAACUACUAUGAGAUAGAUGCCCAGAGUAGCUGGAGCAGUAAGGUUAGCACCUGUUCUCUGGUGAGAUGGACAUGGUGCUAUGGGUAGUACAGAGGAGAGCACCCUCUCGUGGAGCCAGCUGGUAUGAUGAAUUUCUCCCUCUCUCCACCCGGAGACCUCCUAAUGACUUCUUAGUUUAAAAAUAUUGUAAUUGUUUCUCAUUUUGUUUUUGUUUUAUAAAUAUUAUAUUAUGAUUAUUCUGGAGAAAGCCUAGGUAAAUGUGCAUUGCCUUUAUGACUCUAGGCUGCAUCACACAGGCAGCCCAAUUCUAAUCUCUUUCCACUAAUUGGUCUUUUGACCAAUCAGAUCAGCUCUGGAAAAGAUCUGAUUGGUCAAAAGAGGGUGCGAAAAAUAUCAGAAUUGGUCUGCUUGUGUAAACUCUGCCUUAGUCAUCACAGCUCAAAGCUUGAGUGUAAUUGUAUCAGGGACUUCAUUGGUUGAGAGUUGGUGAUCAGUUGUCCAAUCGGCAGUGAAUUUGUAGCGUAAGGUAUGGGUCUGGCAGAUCAGGUGAAAACGGCCAUGUCCCUUACUUGUUAAAUGUGCUGCGUAAACGUGCGAAAUAACUAGAGCAAUGAAAUAAAUGAGCUGCUUCAUGUCUGGCUAUCUGUGUGUGUUUGUGGUCAUACAUGGAAAAGUUAUUGACCCCAUCCAUCAAUUUUAACAUCAGAAUUUCUAUUUUUUAAAUAUCCAAUGCAGCUGUUUUCUCUAUCAAAUCAUUUCUGGGUAACAGUUACUGUUACUGUGGUUGUUUUCAAUAAAAAUUGUAAGAAAAUGUAUGUAAA